AUGAGUCCUGAAAUGUUUAAACAUUUAAUUGAUGGGACUGAGCCAAUAGGCUACAGCUAUGAAAUAGACUGAUGGGCACUUGGGAUCUUGACUUAUGAACUUUUGAAAAGCAGCCCGCCCUUUGGACUGUAUGGCGAAGACUUAUUUGCUCAUAUUUUGAGAGGACUGGAUUAUGUUGAUAUGGCGGAAAUACCUGAGAUUGCUUGUGAUUUCAUUAGGAAAUUAUUGAACCCAGAUUCCAGUCAGAGAUUAGGACAUAACAGCUCAAAUGAAGUACUAGACCAUCAGUUUCUGAGGACGUCUCCUCCUUUAAUAGUGCCGAACUCAACUCAGCUGCAAGUGAUACAAUCUUGAUGUGAAUUUAUUGACCCUUCAGAGACUGUUUCUGAGCCAAAUUUAUUUAUUGAAUUUUAA